AUGAAUGAAACAAAUAUAUUAUAUCAUCGUCCAUUAUAUCCACGUAUGGGUGUACAACAUAUACGUAAAGAAUUUAUUAAAUUGGAAACAAAACAUGAAAUUGAGAAUUCAACUAUAAUUAUGAAAAAUUAUCAUUCUAAUAAAUUUUUAAGAAAAAAUUAUAUAACAACAAUUGAACAACAAAAAAAAGAAAAUAAUAAAUUACAAGAGAAAUUGAAAACAAUAAAAAAUGGACAAAUAUUACUGAACACAAUUAUGCCAACUACAAGGCAACCAAUUAAAGCAAAGCAUAUAUUACGUAAUCGAGAUAUUUCUGAUUUAAAUACAUCCAUGAGAAAUGAACAGAAUCCUUGUAAUAGUUCAAUUACUGAUGAUGUUAAUUGUUGCAAGACCACUAACUCUGAUGCAAUUGAAUCAAAAAUGGUUAUACAUAGUAGUUCGGUUGCAUCAUCACCAAAUGAUUUAUGUUCUUGUCAAACAAUAAAAAUAUAUCCUAAUCCAGAUAUACAAAGAAGAGUUAGUACAGAUGGUGUUUCAUUGACAAAAUCACCAAGAUUUACAGAUUUAAGUUGGAGUAAUGAUAAAUCCACACCAGCAAAGCGACAGAAUAUAGAGCAUUCCUGUAUACCACCGAAUAGAUACGAUCAAUUGUCAGAACAUUCACUAAAUUUUUCCAUCAAUCAAAUACCGACAAGUGACUAUGCGUCCAUGAAUUCUCUCAACACCAACUCUUGCUUAUCAUCAUCACGAUCUAGUUUGAAAAAACAAACUGUUUCUUUAAAAAGACGUAGUCGAUGGAGUAUUGAUAUAACAAAACGAUCCACACGUCGUAGUAGUACUGGAAGUCUAAAAGUGAAACAAUUGGAUAUUGAACAAAACAACAAGAAUUUAAGUGUAAAAGAUACAAUUCUAGAGUCAAAAUUAGAACGUUCUGAUCUAUUUAAAGUGAUUAGACGAUCAGCACGUCGAACAUUAAGUAGCUUAUGUAAUGUAUUACGAUAUUCUAAUCCAAACUUGGCAACUGCCCUAAAUAAUUCAAAUAUGAAUGACUAUCACACAAGUUCUGAUCCUGUUCAAUUUGAGGAACACCCUAUUGAUACUUCUUUAUCCACACCAUCAGUUGAAGUAAAUGAUCCAGUAAAAGAAAAUAUUUAUAACAGUCUUAAUUCACAGAAUAACACUGUUUUAUCACGAUUUGUAACAUUGACAAGACCUGAUUUAGAUGAACCAUUCGGUUUAUUCGUGAUCAAAUCUGAACAAGGUUAUCGUAUUACUCGUUUAUCAGAACGAUUCAUUCAAAAUAAUCCAAUUCAUCAAAUUUCUAUUGGUGAUGAAAUUAUUCAAGUGAAUAAAAUUGAUUCAAUUAAAUUUACUAUUCAUGAAUUACAAGAAUUAUUUCAAAAAAGUCAAACACUUUUAUUAACAAUCAUUCAUCGAUUACAUUAA